AUGAGUGUAGUGUACAGUACAGUGAAAACCAUAUUCAACAUAGGUUUUAUAUUAACUUAUAUAGGCAUUUCAGUCUACGUGUUUGUAUAUGGGUCAACCAGUGACUAUAAUAAUAUUACAUUAAAACAAGUGUUUAUAUUAAGUCGACAUGGUGUCAGAACACCUUUAGCCAAAGAUCUAGAUCAAAUGACACCAAAAAAGUGGCCAGACUGGAAUAAAAAACCUGGUUAUUUAACAGAAAAAGGAAUUUUACUAGAAGGUUAUAUGGGAAAGUAUUUUUCCGAGUUGCUGAAUAAAGAAAACCUGUUGCCAGAUUAUUGUCCGAAAGAAGAAGAAAUUUUUAUCUAUGCAAAUGUUAAACAAAGAACCAUAGAGUCAGCAAAAGCUUUUGUCAAUAAAGCCUUUUCUGGAUGUAACAUAACAAUACACCAAAAAGAUCACAAUGGUAUUGAUCCUGUAUUCAAUGUAGCAAUACAUAACUCAUCUUUAAGUUUUCAGAAACUUGCCUUAGAACAAAUGUAUGAACAAUUAAGACCAUUAAAUUUGAACAAAUCAUUUGAAGAUAUGUCACAUAUUUUAGAUUAUAAACUAUCUCAACUUUGUUUAAUAGACAAUGAAUGUAAUUUAAUCACAGACUUGAACAAAAUAAUUGACGUUCAAGUAGGAUUCAAGCCUAAUAUAAAGGGACCGCUAAAAAUUUGUAAUUCAGCUAUAGACGCUUUUAUUAUGGAAAACUAUGAAGGUUUUCCUUUUAACAAUGUAGCGUGGGGUCAAAUGACAGAGUCAAAAUGGCAAGACAUAAUAAAUCUAAGUCGCAAAUAUCACAAUGUGAUCUUUAACACAACUUUAAUUGCAAAAGAUUUAUCGUUACCAUUAUUAAAUUACUUUAGGAACAUAUUUCUCAACGAUAAUUCAACUAAAGUUACCUUAUUAAUGGGCCACGAUGCUAAUAUUUACACUUUGAUUAACAGUAUGAGUUUCAAACCAUAUUUUUUACCGGAACAAUAUGAAUUGGCACCAGUUAGUGGUAAAAUUGUAUUUCAAAAAUGGUUCGAUGAGGUGAAGAAGAAAGAUUUAUUAAAAAUAAGUUACGUAUAUCAAUCUACUAAACAGUUAAGAUCCGGUAUUGAGUUGAGUUUAUGGAAUCCACCUCAGUUUGUCACAUUGGAGUUACAUAACUGUAAAAUUGAUGACAAAGGCUAUUGUUUGUGGGAUGAUUUUGUUAAGUUUUUGCAUACCUUGUAGUUCUACAGUUAAUGUACAGUCAGCAUCAAAAAUAACAUCUGAACGAGCACUGUUCAAAAAAUCCUUCUUUUUUUGAAGUUGAUUAAAAAAAUAGUUUCAGUUGAACAAUCGCGAAAACCUAAGAACUUGAUAUGUUAAUAUCUACCCGAAUAAAUGUACG